UUUACAAUCACACCACAAGUAGAAACAAUCAAACUCAAAUUCAAAUAAACUAAUUUUAGUCUCUGAUAUUUUUCCUUGUCAAUGACAGGCUGCAAGAUACUCUUCCUCCUGGUUUUAGCUCUUGUCAUUACUUUUGUCUCGGCUGCUCGUCUUCUUGAUGAAGAAGAAGAUCUUGGGUUAGUCCCUAUGCCUACCACAAGUCCUGGUCCAUUGCCAACUGCUGGUUCAGGUCCUUUGACUACAUUAACUGGCCCCGGACCUCUACCAACCACUGGUUCUAGUUCUUUACCUGUUGCUAGUUCAGGUCCCUUUCCUACUACUGGCCCUGGCUCUCUACCAACCACCGGUUCUGCUCCUUUUCCGGUUGCUACUUCUGGUCCUUUGCCUGCUGCUGGUUCAGGGCCUUUCCCUGCUGCUACAGCCACCGGUGUAGGGUCAACGACCAGUGGUUCAGUUCCAGACCACACCCUGGUUUUCUUUAUGCAUGACAUACUCGGUGGCUCAAAUCCGACAGCCAGAGCUGUGACUGGAGUCGUUGCAAACCCAGCUCUCAGUGGCCAACUUCCAUUUGCCAAGCCCAACGGCGCAAACCUCCCUGUCAACAACGGCUUUCCAUCCAACAAUAACAACAACGGAAUCCUCAACAACAACAACGUCCCACUCCUCGUCGGGCUGGGCGGAACUACUUCCAGCAUUCUACAGAACAACGGAGACAACCUCUUGAACGGUCUCCCCGUGGCCAAUGGUGGUCAGCUCCCGUCGGGUUCGUCUCUCCAAAUGCUCAUGUUUGGAACAAUGACGGUGAUGGACAACGAGCUAACCGAAGGGCAUGAACUAGGGUCAGGUCUGCUUGGCAAAGCCCAGGGCUUCUAUGUAGCCAGCGCAGUUGAUGGAACCAGCCAGACAAUGGCUUUCACGGCUAUGUUCGAGAGUGGUGGUUAUGAAGAUAGCAUAAGUUUCUUCGGUGUACACAGAACAGCUGCAUCGGAAUCUCAUCUUGGGGUUAUGGGUGGUACGGGGAAGUAUGUGAAUGCGAGAGGCUACGCCAUCGUCAAGACAUUUACAGGUGGCACCGGAAAUACACAGCAGCCACACCAGUUCACAGAUGGGCUUGAGACUGUUCUUGAAUGCACCGUUUAUCUUUCUUACUAGUUUUUUUCUUUCUUCUUGUCAUCUAUUAUUGAAGUUUGUUGUCUUCUUUCGUCUUUGUCAUCUUAAUAUGUAACAGAACCUAUUAAUUGACAACAAAUCUCCUCUAGUUACGAGUUAA